AUGCUUGGAAUUGAGCAGCUAACACGGCAGGAUGUGUGUUAUUACGCUGUAUAUGUUGCAAUUCGACCAGACCACGCCUGGAGGUUAAUCUCGUUCCCUUACUAUACAAAAUCCGCCUAUCCAACAGAAGACACGGAGUUUAUCCAUAUUGACCUCAAUAUUGGGGACUUCUUAGCGACAGGCAGAGGUGGUAACGCGGUCCAAGGUUCUGUGUCUUUUACUGAUGAGGAUGAGGAUAACUGCUCUAUUGUGUUACCGAAAAUUCAACACCAUCUCCAAGGAUGGUGGGACAAGAUUACCGCAGAUCCAGCAAAACAGGUCUCUGGGCACACAAUCGCAGUGCAUCCUUGGAUGUGGAAUUCUGAAUAUGCUCGAGAAUUUGGAACAGAUUUUGCGCGUACAAUUUGCAAGACUGGAGAUGUACGUCUCACGUUGCUGACAAUCCCACAUGGGUCAACUGGUCCAGCAACUAAACUCAGAAGAACGGUCAUGCCUUGGUUUGGGACUAUUGAGGAAGACCACACAUGCUUAGAAACUGCAGAAGCAGGUACUUGGAGCGAAAUUGCUGACUCUCACCGAGACAUCCGUCUUGCCCCUCGGAUCCCAUCAGGUAGCACAUGUCAUGUGUUCGCCGUGAAUCCUUACACUUUUCCAGGGACUGCCCAGCUCACAGGUCUAGGUGCACUUUCAGACGCACUUCUAGGUCGCAUCAAGUGGACAGAAUGGUCCGUUUUUGUUGAUUUAGAGAUACUAUUUGGCGAGGACCGUCUUGCUGCGCAUAACUGGAUCAAAAAAUGGCGACGUCGCGCAUCUAGACAGUUUGUGCAGGCAUUCCAGACCAUUAUUUCGGCCGAAAAAACGGCUUAUGGGGAAAGCUCCUUCUUCCACUUAAAGAAGAAUGGCCUACCCAUUCCAGAUGUCCAUCUCCAGUAUCAGAAGGAUGUUGGAUCCGACGCAGCAAGUGUCAUAAGUGCUUUAACUGAGAUGGACGACGAGGCAAUGGACGAGUUAGAAGAUCAUGAAUAG